CGUGUUUGCGUCAUGACGUCAUGACGCAGGAGCUGCUGCGUGCCUACGUAUGCGGACGUCUUCCGUCGAGCGGGAAAGUUCAUCCUGAGCUCGACUUGUUUUGGUGCAGGUGGUGAAGAUGGCGAUGAGCGUGAGUCGAGUGGAGGUUGAGGCCGAUGUUGAAGAAGAUGAGAGCUUCGGCCCACAGCCACUGAACCGCCUGGAGCAGUGUGGUAUCAGUGCGAGUGAUCUGAAGAAGCUGGAGGACGCAGGGUUCCACACCAUCGAGGCCGUGGCGUACGCUCCUAAAAAAGAGCUGCUGAACAUUAAGGGCAUCAGUGAGGCCAAAGCUGACAAGAUCCUGGGCGAAGCAGCUAAACUGGUUCCUAUGGGAUUCACCACGGCAACAGAGUUUCACCAGCGCAGAGCCGAGAUCAUCCAGAUCUCCACCGGCUCCAAAGAACUCGACAAACUGCUGCAGGGCGGUAUCGAGACAGGGUCCAUCACGGAGAUGUUCGGUGAGUUCCGUACAGGAAAGACUCAGCUGUGCCACACGCUGGCGGUGACGUGUCAGCUCCCCAUCGAUCAGGGGGGAGGAGAGGGGAAGGCCAUGUACAUCGACACUGAGGGCACCUUCAGACCCGAGAGACUGCUGGCUGUGGCAGAGAGGUACGGGCUUGUCGGCAGUGAUGUUUUGGAUAAUGUAGCUUACGCUCGAGCUUUCAACACGGAUCAUCAGACUCAGCUGCUCUAUCAGGCUUCAGCUAUGAUGGCCGAGUCCAGGUAUGCUCUGCUGAUAGUGGACAGUGCCACUGCGCUCUACAGGACAGAUUAUUCUGGAAGAGGCGAGCUCUCGGCCCGUCAGUGUCACCUGGGCCGCUUCCUCCGCAUGCUGCUGCGCCUCGCUGACGAGUUUGGCGUUGCUGUCGUCAUCACCAAUCAGGUCGUAGCACAGGUGGACGGGGCAGCCAUGUUUUCCGCAGAUCCUAAAAAGCCGAUUGGAGGAAAUAUCUUAGCACACGCCUCCACUACCAGGUUGUAUUUGAGGAAGGGCCGUGGUGAAACUCGGAUCUGUAAAAUUUACGACUCUCCCUGCUUACCUGAGGCGGAGGCCAUGUUCGCCAUCAACGCAGACGGAGUAGGAGACGCAAAGGACUGAGACAACCAAACUGUGUGUGUGUGUGUGUGUGUGAGAGAGAGAGAGACACGGACAAUAACUGAAACAUGGUGAUGGAUGCACUUGUGUACAAACACACGUGUAUACACAAACACACACUUGCGCUUUUUGGGCUGAAGAAGCUGUUGAUGCUGUAAAUUGUGUAAUCAUCUGUGCAGAGCUGUGUGUGAGUGUGUGUGUGUGAAGGAGUGCCACGUGUGUGUGUCAGUUUUCUUGUAUAUUUUGAGGAUAAAAUACUACAUUUCAGUUCUUUUUUCUGUUUGUAUUCGUCUUUUUCUGAUUUUUCUUUGUACUGAACUUAUUCUUUCUGUAUAUAAAACGUAUUAAAUAUUUUAUUGUUGCUCAUGA